AUGCCGCAGCCCCCCCGCCCGUGGCGCGCCACCCAGCCGCUCAAGGCGCUGUGCAUCACCUACUUCUACCUGUCCACGCCUCCAUGGCUCGUCUAUCUGCUCCUCAAGUUCGCCCUCAUCCGGGGCCUGCGCCCCAGCCCACACCUCAGCCUCAAGGCCAACGUCGGCAACCCGAUCGUGCGGUCCCUCUUCAACGUCAUGAGCCGCACGCGCUCUCCUCGCCUCGUCGCCGAGCGGCUUCCCAAGGACCCGACGCGCGUGACCGCCGUCGAAGUGCCGCCCGCCUCGCUCUUCACCGGCGUGCUCGCCUCCGACCCGGCCAUCCAGCCGGCGCCGCUCAACGCGCUCUGGUUCCCCCGCGCGCCGCCGCCCGAGACGGACCUCGCGGAGGAGACGGUGGUGCUGCACCUCCCCGGCGGGGCGUUCGUCGUCGAGGUCGGGCACGAGGCGUUUGGGCGGAAAGCCGCCGACGCGAUGCUCCACGGCCGGCAGUCGGGGACGACGCGCUUCGUGUGGGCGCAGUACCGACUGGCCAGCACGCCCGGCCACGCGUUCCCGGCGGCCAUCCAGGAUGCCGUGUCCUUUUACGCGCACGUGCUGUCGCUCGGGUACGCCCCCGGCAACGUGAUCCUCUCCGGGGACUCGGCGGGCGGCAACGCGGCGCUCGCGCUGCUACGCUACCUGCAUGCGACGCGGACGCUUCCCCUGCCGCGCGGCGUCCUGGCCUGGUCGCCGUGGGUCGCGGUGACGCCGCGCGCCGGGAUCGACUUCAUGGCGACCCCGGCGGCGCCGACGGACAUCAUCACGCCCGAGUUCCUGCAGUGGGGGGCUGACGCGUAUCCCCCGGCGGAGAUGGGGGAGGAGGUGGCGGGGUACGUCUCGCCGCUGGGCCGGCCGUUCCGCACGGAGGUGCCGGUGUUCUUGCACGCGGGCGCGGCGGAGGGCUUCUGCGCGGCGGUGAGGCGGUUCGCGGAGGAGAUGGAGGGGGUGAAUCCGGGGGCCAAGGUGCGGUAUCACGAGACGGCGCACGCGGUGCACGACUUGCUGCUGGUGUGGGAGGCGCAGGACAUGCGGACGGAGGUUGAGGCGGCGGUGAGGGAUGCGUGGGAGACGGUGGGUGCUUGA